AAAUACGGAUUUUCGAUACAUGCUAAGUAGGAUACGUUGGGUACGAAACAUUAGUCAUAAAUAUCCAUCGAAUCUAAGACUUUUCAACCCAUUUGCACAUCAAAUUAUUCCAAUUCGUAACAAGAUGACAUCAUUUAAUACUCAAAUACUCAAGGUUAAGACUGAUUCAAUUACCUUUAACGGUGAUACAGUAUGUAUCAGUGACUUGGAAACGGAGAAAAACCUCAAGUUGGCAGCCCAUGAGCUUACAUCGACAAAUAACGUAGUUGGAUUCCCCACUGAAACAGUAUAUGGAUUAGGUGGAUCUGCUCUUUCUGAUGAAUCAGUUAAAUCUAUCUAUAGAGCGAAAAAUAGACCUUCAGAUAAUCCUCUUAUUGUACAUGUUUCUUCGGUGGAUCAGUUGAAACGGAAAAUCCUUCCCAAGGACUAUAAGAUCCCGGCAAUUUACGAGGCGUUGAUCGACAAGUUUUGGCCAGGACCAUUAACGAUAUUACUUCCUAUUGGUGAAAACUCACCCAUUUCCAAGUUGGUCACCGCUAACCAGGAUACAUUUGCAGUUAGAAUACCUAAUCAUCCAGUUGCCAGGGCUUUGAUAGCUCUUAGUGACACCCCAUUGGCAGCACCAUCGGCAAAUGCUUCGACUAGACCUAGUCCCACAUUAGCCUCUCAUGUCUUCCAUGACUUACAGGGCAAGAUCCCAUAUAUUUUGGACGGUGGAGCAUGUGAUGUUGGGGUUGAAUCUACAGUGAUAGAUGGCUUAGUGGACCCACCAAUGCUUUUGAGACCAGGUGGUGUUUCCGUGGAAGAAGUAAGGACUAUUGGUGGUUCGUUAUGGAAGGAAGUUAUCUUAGCGAAGAAGACUGCGGGGAAAUUAGAAGCUGUAAAGACUCCAGGGAUGAAAUAUAGACAUUAUUCCCCCACUGCUAAAGUUGUAUUAUUCACUAAUUGUGGUGAUGGGAAAAUCGCAAUUACAAAAUAUUUAGAAAAUGUUCCUGAAACUUCCAAAGUUGCAUUACUUAGAGCUGCCAAGUUUGGGAAUGCUUCUAGUAUUAGUGAUAGAAUUCAAAUUGAGAGAAACAUGGGUAUGACCGGUCUUGACAUGUCUCGCAGUAUCUUCAGACUUCUCCGGGAAGUGGAUGAAUUAGAAGUUGAUUUAAUAUUAGUUGAAGGAAUUGAAGAGGUGAAUGAAGGAUUAGCAGUUAUGAAUAGAUUGAGUAAGGCUGCAUUUGAAACUAUAGAUGGGAGUGAUGGAAGCUAGUAAGGAGUUGAUAAAAUAUAUGGAAGAAUAUAUGA